AUGGCGGAGAGCGAGCUGUCGCCCAAGUUUGCCCCGUUCUUCGGGAUGGCAGGGAUAGCAUCGGCAAUGAUCUUUGGAUCACUCGGAGCGGCAUAUGGCACGGCGAAAGCUGGCAUCGGAAUCGCCAAUGUCGGCACCUACAGACCUGACCUCAUCAUGAAGUCACUGGUGCCCGUCGUGAUGGCUGGUAUCAUCGCCGUGUAUGGGUUGGUGGUUUCCGUCCUCAUCGUGGGUGAUAUAGGAACGCCGGAGCAGAAUUACAGUUUAUAUGCAGGAUUCAUCCACCUUGCCGCCGGAUUAUCCGUUGGCCUCGCUGGCCUAGCAGCUGGCUAUACAAUUGGAAUAGUCGGGGAUGCAGGAACACGGUCAUACAUGCAACAAUCCCGGGUGUUCGUUGGCAUGAUUCUGAUUCUCAUCUUUGGCGAAGUCUUGGGUCUAUAUGGCCUUAUCGUCGCGUUAAUCCUUAACUCAAAGCGUUAA